AUGGAGCCGGAAAUGGAAGCAGAGACGCCGAAGUCAGAUCUGCCGGAAGUCAAGAAGGCUGCAGCACUACCAAGUCCGACUGUGGGUGUCGUGAGUCCGAUGCUUAGUCAGAGAAGGGCAGACAAUGCAGUUGUUGAUCCGGCCCAGCUCAAGCCGGCACCUCCGCCCGUUGAAUGUGAACCAUCGUCAUCUUCACGAUCACUUGAAAAGAAGGCGCCGCCAGUUCCUAAUCGCUCUGGCUCUCGUAUCGAGACUACUUUUGACUGUACACCUCCGGCAAUGGCACCCAUACGACAGCCACCUGCUUAUGAGCAACUGGUCCAGCAGGGUCGAAUACAUCGCUGUCGACUGGGUAGGUUUAACCUUUCUACCAAACUGAAGUUCUUUUUAUCGAGCGUUCUCACGCACUCUUUUAAUUACUGGUGGAAUCUAAAGUAA